AUGGUAUCACUGACUAACUGUUUGCCUGAGGUCAGUUCUGGUGGGAUAGAGAGGUAGAGACGUAUCACUGAUUAACUGUUUGUCUGUGAUCAGUUCUGGUGGGAUAGAGAGAUAGAGACGUAUCACUGACUAACUGUUUGCCUGAGGUCAGUUCUGGUGGGAUAGAGAGGUAGAGACGUAUCACUGACUAACUGUUUGUCUGUGAUCAGUUCUGGUGGGAUAGAGAGAUGGAGACGUAUCACUGACUAACAAGUCUCCUUCAGCGGUCCAGGAAGGUCCAGGAAGGUCCAGGAAGGUCCAGGAAGGGCCCUCUCAACAGUUCUCACCUCCUUGUUUACUCAUAGUCUAUACCGUUUACAGAUGGUACACUCCCCUUAAGUGCUCUUCUUACUUCCCCUUGUCUGGUAGAGACCUGAUUAGUGUUGUCACGAUACCAGCCGAUAGGGCUCCUGUAACUGAUAUCAGAAUUAAAAUACCUGGGCCCUAUUCACAAAGUGUCUCAGAUUAGGAGUGCUAAUCUAGGAUCAGUUUCGCCUUUUAGAUAAGAAUGAAGAUGACAGGGGGGACCAGAUCCUAGAUCAGCCCUCCUACUCUGCGAGGCUUUGUGAAUAAAGGCCCUGGUUUGUUAUACUUAGAUAUUCCAGGUUGAAUGUGCCCCCUAAACCCUGGGUCGUCUGCAGUCAACAAGACCAUUAGCCCACUGAGCUAUAGUUUGGGGAGCUAAAACAAGUCUUCGGGUCUCUGGUCUGAGGCAAGGUUACUCAUCAUACUUCUGGGAUUCACUGAACCACCUAUGUUAGACUUCAUACCUGAUGACAUCAUAUGAUGUGAUCACCUUGAUGACAUCACACUUUGACCUGUGACCUUGUGUUGACAUCUCACCUUACCAGGACACCUCCAGGCAGGAGACCAGAUCUUGGAGGUGAACGGGGAGAGUUUGCUAGGGGUCACCAGUGAAAGGUAGGUUCAACAACAACAACAACUCUCUCUUCAGUGGGAAAAUACCAAAAAGAACAGUGAAAUGUUGUGUGACAUGAACGUUUUGUUUUUUAUGUUAUUGUUUUAUACAGAGCAGUAGACGUUCUGAGAUCAGCGUCCUCGAGCAAUCACAUGCGCCUUCUGAUCGCCAGAGACGAGGAAGCAAGGUAGGCCCUGAGGACCAUGUCUAGAUAUGAGAUGAACACGACCACAUAUCAUCGACACAUUCUGUAGGACCCUGAGGGACCAUAUCUAGAUAUGAGAUGCACACGACCACAUAUCUUCCUCCUCUACUAACACUUCAUCCCUCCCUUUCCACUUCCACACGAAGCCGACCUUGCCCAGAGCACGCUUCGGAAGAAGAAAUAGACCACGAUAGCGCGCGAACGCACUCGGCACGUUCCAUUCCGCACUCCUCCUCUCCAACUCUCCUACACUCUUCAUUCACUUCCGCUCCUCCUGCCUCUCCUCCGCUCUCCUCCUCCUCUUCCUCCUCCUACUCCUCCUCCUUUUCCUCCUCCUACUCCUCGUCUUACAUUUACAUUUUAGUCAUUUAGCAGACGCUCUUAUCCAGAGCGACUUACAGUUAGUGAUUACAUAUUUUUUUUAUACUGGCCCCCCGUGGGAAUCGAACCCACAACCCUGGCGUUGCAAACGCCAUGCUCUAUCAACUGAGCUACAUCCCUGCCGGCCAUUCCCUCCCCUACCCUAGACGACGCUGGGCCAAUUGUGCGCCGCCCAUGAGUCUCCCGGUCGCGGCCGGCUGCGACAGAGCCUGGAUUUGAACCAGGAUCUCUAGUGGCACAGUUAGCACUGCGAUGCAGUGCCUUAGACCACUGCGCCACUCAGGAGCUAAUAGGAGUAGUAGGAGUACCUCCUACUACUCUUCUUCCUCCUCUCAAAAACUGAGAUUAUUAAAUAGAUGCCGUUUUUAAUUAUUCAAAGAAAAAAUUAAUAAUUUUGUUGAUAAACCAGAUGGUUGGCAUGGCACUGAGAGUUUUUUUGGCUUCCUCUUCAAAGAGGAAUAACCCUGGCAGUGGCAUGGUGAACAUUUUGGGCAGGGUUUUUGGGCUGGAACGCCCUCACUCUGCCUCGGGCACUUCCUGGCUCUCUCUCCACCCCUGGCAGCUAGCACCUAGCAACAAGAGCAUUAAUGGAAAGACUGUUAAUCCAAACUGAUGAACUCGUGAACUUGCUACGCUGAUCCUCAACACGGGGCCCCACAAGGGUGUGUGCUUAGCCCCCUCAUGUACUCCCUGUUCACCCAUGACUGCGUGGCCACGCACGUCUCCAACUCAAUCAUCAAGUUUGCAGACGACACAACAGUGGUAGGCCUGAUUACCAAUAACGACGAGACAUCCUACGGGGAGAAGGUGAGGGCCCUGGCGGAGUGGUGCCAGGAAAAUACCAAAACAAAGGAGCUGAUCAUGGACUUCAGGAGACAGCAGAGGGACCACGCUCCCAUCCACAUCGACGGGACCGCAGUGGAGAGGGUGAAAAGCUUCAAGUUCUUCAGCGUACACAUCACUGAUAACCUGAAAUAGUCCAUCCACACAGACAGUGUGGUGAAGAAGGCGCAACAGCAUCUCUUCAACCUCAGGAGGCUAAAGAAAUUCAGCUUGGCCCUCUGAGAUCCUCACGAUGCACCAUUGAGAGCAUCCUGUCGGGCUGUAUCACCGCCUGUCAACUCUCUAGAGGGUGGUGUGGUCAGCCCAAUUAUCACCGGGGGCACACUGCUUUGCCUCCAGGACAUCUACAGCACCCUGUGUCACAGGAAGGCCAAGAAAAUCAUCAAGGACCUCAGCCACCAGAGCCAUGGCCUGUUCACCCCGGUGGAGACAGUACAGGUGCAUCAAAGCUGGGACAGAGAGACUGAUAAACAGCUUCUUUCUCCAGGCCAUCGGACUGUUAAAUAGUCACCACUAGCCGGCCUCCGCCCAGUACCCUUCCCUAAACGUAGUCACUGUUACUAGCACACCAUCAUAUACAUCUACAGUGCCUUCGGAAAGAAUUCAGACCCCUUGACUUUUUCCUCAUUCUGUUAGGUUACAACCUUAUUCUAAAAUGGAUUAAAUAGUUUUUUCCCCCCCUCAUCAAUCUACACACAAUACCCCAUAAUGACAAACCCAAAAACAGGUUUUUAGCAAUGUUUGCUAAUUUAUAAAAAUAAAAUAAAAUGGAAAUAUCACAUUUACAUAAGUAUUCAGACCCUUUACUCAGUACUUUGUUGAAGCACCUUUGGCAGCGAUUACAGCCUCGAGUCUUCUUGGGUAUGAAGCUACAAGCUUGGCACACCUUCUUCUCUGCAGAUCGUCUCAAGCUCUGUCAUGUUCGAUGGGGAGUGUUGCUGCACAGCUAUUUUCAGGUCUCUCCAGAGAUGUUCGAUCGGGUUCAAGUCCGAGCUCUGGCUCAGAUCUGUGCCUCGAAACAAUCCUGUCUCUGAGCUCUACGGGCAAUUCCUUCGACCUCAUGGCUUGGUUUUUGCUCUGACAUGCACUGUCAACUGUGGGACCUUAUAUAGACAGGUGUGUGCCUUUCCAAAUUAUGUCCAAUCAAUUGAAUUUACCACAGGUGGACUCCAAUCAAGUUGUAGAAACAUCUCAAGGAUGAUCAAUGGAAACAGGAUGCACUUGAGCUCAAUUUCGAGUCUCAUAGCAAAGGGUCUGAAUACUUAUGUAAAUAUGGUAUUUCUGUUUUUUACAUUUUAAUACAUUUGUAAAAAUUUCUAAAAAACUGUUUUUGCUUUGUCAUUAUGGGGUAUUGUGUGUAGAUUGCUGAGGAAAAUGUUUUAUUUAAUCUAUUUUAGAAUAAGGCUGUAACGUAACAAAAUGUGGAAAAGGUCAAGGGGUCUGAAUACUUUCCGAAGGCGCUGUAUAUUUAUAUUCUGGACUCUGCCAUUGCUCGUUCUGAUAUUUCUUUGAUUUCUUUCUUUAAUUUUGGGGGGGAUUUGUGUGUAUUGUUUUAUAUUGUUAGGUAUUACUGCACUGUUGGAGCUAGAAACAUAAGCAUUUCCCUGCGAUAACAUCUGCAAAAUGUGUAUGCAACCACAAAAAUUUGAUUUGAUUUUAACUCACAAGGGAAAGUCUGGGAAGGGAACCGCAUUACACAGCAAACACAGCACAAUAUAACUUUUACUACGUUAUGAAUUCUUGAUUUGCUCUAAACAGCCAGUGCAAGGUUAACAGAGAGGACCUGCAUCCUCCACCCAUCAUAUUCUGCCAUCUGGUAGCCUAUUGUUUUUAGCAUGUAACAUUUAGGCUGGUUGCUAAUCUAACCGCGAUGCCAUAGCAACAACCGACUGGGUGGUCAGUUUUGACAACGUGAGUCAGCAUAAAACCAGGUCACACUAGCUGUCACAUGCACACACACACACACACACACACACACACACACACACACACACACACACACACACACACACACACACACACACACAAUAAGGCAGGCUAUACAGGCUACAGAAUGUACAAGCUACUGGCAGGAGAAGCAGGAAAGUUACGGGCAGGAAAGCAGGCUACAGACAGGAAAGCAGGAUACAUGCAGGAAAGCAGGCUACAGACAUGAAAGCAGGCUACAGGCAGGAAAGCAGGCUACAGACAGGAAAGCAAGCUACAAGCAGGAAAGCAGGCUACAGGCAGGAAAGCAGGCUACAGGCAGGAAAGCAGGCUACAGGCUAAGCUGUGGACAGUACUCAUGAUGAGAUGAGCCUGUGCUUCUCACAUCGUUCUGUAAUCUGUGUUCUGUGCCUUAACCAACACUCAGAGCUCAGCACAAGGCAGGAGGGAUGGAGAGGAGAAGACAGGAGGGGAAAGGAGAGGAGGAAGGAGAAGACAGGAGGGGAAAGGAGAGGAGGAGAGGAGAAGACAGGAGGGGAAAGGAGAGGAGGAGGGGAGAAGACAGGAGGGGAAAGGAGAGGAGAGGGGAGAAGACAGGAGGGGAAAGGAGAGGAGAGAGGAGAAGACAGGAGGGGAAAGGAGAGGAGGAAGGAGAAGACAGGAGGGGAAAGGAGAGGGGAGAGGAGAAGACAGGAGGGGAAAGGAGAGGAGAGGGGAGAAGACAGGAGGGGAAAGGAGAGGAGAGGAGAGGAGAAGACAGGAGGGGAAAGGAGAGGAGAGGGGAGAAGACAGGAGGGGAAAGGAGAGGAGAGGAGAGGAGAGGAGAAGACAGGAGGGGAAAGGAGAGGAGAGGGGAGAAGAGGGGAUGGAGGGAUUAUGCCUUUCCAUUUCUGUUCCAGCCUCUCUCUUCAUCCCCCCCCUCUCUCUCUCUCUAAUCCCCCUCUCCCGCUCUCUAAUUCUUUCCCUUGUUCUCCCUUGUUCUGUAUCUCCUCCAUGCUAUUUCAGUCCACUACGCAGUAACAUUAACCUGCUUCUUAAAGCCUUAGUACCCUUUAUCUGUGAUGAGAGGGGGUCAGAAAUAGAAAGGGAAUAUGAAACUAGAGCCAGGGAAUCCUGUUGAAAUAAACACUUACAAUAUAGACCAAAAUAAUAUAGACAAAAUAUAGACCAACAUUUAAAACCCCAAAAUGGAUAUUUGUAUACAGUAGCUCAAUGGCUCCGGUUCUUCAUUCCCAUUAGUGAGACUCCAAACUGCUAGAGAUUGUGUCUUUGGUGUCGGCCACCUUAACCACCAGUCAGUCCCGUUAGUGACAUCAGAUCACCACGCGACCCUAUGUGACCUCUGAGGUCGUUAAUCCAUCUGACCCAGAUGCCCAUCCUGAUGGUGAUAUGAAGGAAGACAUGCAGACACAACGACAAUAUAUGUACAUUCCUCCUGCAUUGAGGUUAAAUAUACCAGAGAUUCAGACUGGACAUUCCUCCUGCAGUGAGGUUAAAUAUACCACAGAUUCAGACUGGACAUUCCUCCUGCAGUGAGGUUAAAUAUACCAGAGAUUCAGACUGGACAUUCCCCUGCAGUGAGGUUAAAUAUACCAGAGAUUCAGACUGGACAUUCCUCCUGCAGUGAGGUUAAAUAUAACAGAGAUUCAGACUGGACAUUCCCCUGCAGUGAGGUUAAAUAUACCAGAGAUUCAGACUGGACAUUCCCCUGCAGUGAGGUUAAAUAUAACAGAGAUUCAGACUGGACAUUCCCCUGCAGUGAGGUUAAAUAUACCAGAGAUUCAGACUGGACAUUUUCCUGCAGUGAGGUUAAAUAUACCAGAGAUUAAGACUGGACAUUCCCCCUGCAGUGAGGUUAAAUACACCAGAGAUUCAGACUGGACAUUCCCCUGCAGUGAGGUUAAAUACACCAGAGAUUCAGACUAGACAUUCCCCUGCAGUGAGGUUAAAUAUACCAGAGAUUCCGACUGGACAUUCCCCUGCAGUGAGGUUAAAUAUAACAGAGAUUCAGACUGGACAUUCCCCUGCAGUGAGGUUAAAUACACCAGAGAUUCAGACUGGACAUUCCCCUGCAGUGAGGUUAAAUAUACCAGAGAUUCAGACUGGACAUUCCCCUGCAGUGAGGUUAAAUAUACCAGAGAUUCAGACUGGACAUUCCCCUGCAUUGAGGUUAAAUAUACCAGAGAUUCAGACUGGACAUUCCCCUGCAGUGAGGUUAAAUAUACCAGAGAUUAAGACUGGACAUUCCUCCUACAGUGAGGUUAAAUAUACCAGAGAUUCAGACUGGACAUUCCUCCCGCAGUGAGGUUAAAUAUACCAGAGAUUAAGACUGGACAUUCCCCUGCAGUGAGGUUAAAUAUACCAGAGAUUCAGACUGGACAUUCCCCUGCAGUGAGGUUAAAUAUACCAGAGAUUCAGACUGGACAUUCCCCUGCAUUGAGGUUAAAUAUACCAGAGAUUCAGACUGGACAUUCCCCUGCAGUGAGGUUAAAUAUACCAGAGAUUAAGACUGGACAUUCCUCCUACAGUGAGGUUAAAUAUACCAGAGAUUCAGACUGGACAUUCCCCUGCAUUGAGGUUAAAUAUACCAGAGAUUCAGACUGGACAUUCCCCUGCAGUGAGGUUAAAUAUACCAGAGAUUCAGACUGGACAUUCCUCCUGCAGUGAUGUUAAAUAUACCAGAGAUUCAGACUGGACAUUCCUCCUGCAGUGAGUAGGAACGGAAUCCAGUGCUCUGACCAUUAUUCCUUUCCAGUGGAGAAUGAUGUCAGUCAGUUAGACUUACAUGUUGACAGGUGACUGUGGAGCCCAAUCCUGGAGGCACAGGUUCUACUACUACUACUACUGCUACUACUACUUCUACUACUACUACUACUACUACUACUGCUACUGCUACUGCUACUGCUAUUACUACUACUACUACUACUACUACUACUAUUACUGCUACUGCUACUACUACUACUGCUACUACUACUAUUACUGCUACUGCUACUACUACUACUGCUACUACUACUACUACUACUGCUACUGCUACUGCUACUGCUAUUACUACUACUACUACUACUACUACUACUACUGCUACUACUACUACUACUACUACUACUACUACUACUACUACUACUGCUACUGCUACUGCUACUGCUACUACUGCUACUACUACUACUACUACUACUACUACUACUACUACUACUACUACUACUGCUACUGCUACUGCUAAUACUGCUACUGCUACUACUACUACUACUACUACUACUACUACUACUACUGCUACUACUGCUACUACUGCUACUGCUACUACUACUACUACUACCACACACACACACACACACACACACACACACACACACACACACACACACACACACACACACACACACACACACACACACACACACACACACACACACACACAGGAAGGGCAUGUUGAAGAGCUACUGAGCCUCACAGAGCUGAUCAGAUCAGUCUAAUCCCUCCUGUCUUGGGUCAGAGAGGGGUCAUCCUUCCUGUCUGAGGGUCUUCUCCAAAUGAGUCUGGAUCUGAGUACCUCCUCGACAAUUUCUAGAACGCAAACACAUUCUAACCGUUCUCAUUGGUCCCAGAAACCGAUGGCCAGAACACACGAGGGUAAAGUGGCGUUUUGAAAAUUCUUCAUUGGCUUUAAUACUCUGAUUGGUUAGAGAUGAUCCAAUUGCUGAUUACUUUGUUUUGUACAACACCCCUCAUUUUGACGUCACCGCAAACGACUUCAAUGAUGGCAGUCACAGACUGAAAUAUGAAGCGAACAUAGAGGAAGAAUUCAGUUUGAGUCGACAGGCAACAGGAAAGACUGCUAACCCAUAACUGACAGUCAAAUCAAAUCAAAUCAAAUUGUAUUUGUCAAAUGCGCCGAAUACAACAGGUGUAGACCUUACCGUGAAAUGCUUACUUACAAGCCCUUAACCAACAAUGCAGUUCAAGAAAUAGAGUUAGGAAAAUAUUUACUAAAUAAAUUAAAGUAAACAUUUAAAUAAAAAGUAACACAAUAAAAUAACAAUAACGAGGCUAUAUACAGGGGUUUCCGGUACCGAGUCAAUGUGCGGGGGUACAGGUUAGUCGAGGUAAUUUGUACAUGUAGGUAGGGGUAAUCAGUCUGCAAUCAGUCAGUCUGGAGGUGAGGGGUCUGGGAGGAGUGAAAGGGAGGAGAGAGAGAUGGUUUGGAGAAAGGAGGGGAGGAGAGAGUGGGAUGGAGUGGUGAGGGGGGAGAGGAGGGAAGGAGAGAGAGAUGGAGUGGAGAAAGGAGGGGAGGAGAGAGUGGGAUGGAGUGGUGAGGGGGGAGAGGAGGGAAGGAGAGAGAGAUGGAGUGGAGAGAAAUUGACCUUAGGGAAUUGGUCUGUAGCUCUUAGGUCAUACUGUCCUUGUCUCAUUGGUACAGGAGAGAUUUCCUCCACACUGACUGGCCCUUACCCCCAACCCCAGAAAGGUGUACACCAUAUGGCAGUGCUAGCUGCUUCUGGUCUAGGUGGGGUAUCUGCAGCAAGGACUUGAAAUAGAAAGAGAAUACAGAAAGAGGAAAACAUUCAAUAAAUGCGCAAGUGAGAUGAAAAACCACCUGUCCUCUACAAUUGUUACAUAAAAAGCAUAUUAUACCAAGCAAUGCCCAGCAUUCAAAUAAAAUCACACAUUUGAUUGGGGAUCAUUCAGUGGAUGUACCUGGUCCGGAAAUCUGUCUGGAAUCAAAUCUAUUAUUAAGAUCAAACAACGACACUGAGGGAAUACCAGGACAUGUUCUCUCUCUCUCUCUCUCUCUCUCUCUCUCUCUCUCUCUCUCUCUCUCUCUCUCUCUCUCUCUCUCUCUCUCUCUCGCUCUCUCUCUCUCUCUCUCUCUCUCUCUCUCUCUGAAGAAGUCGCUGUUGCGCCUUCUUCACCACACUGUCUGUGUGGGUGGACCAUUUCAGAUCGUCAGUGAUGUGUACGCCGAGGAACUUGCAGCUUCCCACCUUCUCCACUGCGGUCCUGUCGUUGUGAAUAGGGGCAUACUCCCUCUGCUGUUUCCUGAAGUCCACGAUCAGCUCCUUUGUUUUGUUGACGUUGAGUGAGAGGUUAUUUUCCUGGCACCACACUCCCAGGGCCCUCACCUCCUCCCUGUAGGCUGUCUCGUUAAUUGAUGGUAAUCUGGCCUACUACUGUUGUGUCGUCUGCAAACUUGAUGAUUGAGUUGGAGGCGUGCGUGGCCACGCAGUCAUGGGUGAACAGGGAGUACAGGAGGGGGCUGAGAACGCAGCCUUGUGGGGCCCCUGUGUUGAGGAUCAGUGAAGUGGAGAUGUUGUUUCCUACCUUCACCACCUGGGGGGGGGGUCCGUCAGGAAGUCCAGGACCCAGUUGCACAGGGCGGGGUUCAGACCCAGGGCCCCGAGCUUAAUGAUGAGCUUGUAGGGUACUAUGGUGUUGAAUGCUGAGCUGUAGUCAAUGAGCAGCAUUCUUACAUAGGUAUUCCUCUUGUGCAGAUGGAAUAGGGCAUUGUGCAGUGUGAUGGCGAUCUGCAUCGUCUGUGGAUCUAUUGGGGCGGUAAGCAAAUUGAAGUGGGUCUAGGGUGACAGGUAAGGUAGAGGUGAUAUGAUCCUUAACUAGCCUCUCAAAGCACUUCAUGAUGACAGAAGUGAGUGCUAAGGGGCAAUAGUCAUUGAGUUCUAAUGAGUGUGCAGUUCUAAGAGCGGACCUGUUGUUGGGGAUGUGUGUGUCUUUAUUUCCACCUUUGGUUUCUUACAGGAGAGAGUUUUCAGAGCUUUUGGAGAAGUAUGGGUCCAGCAGUAGUACUGGGUCGACACGCAACUCUCCCAUCCAGCAUGGUAGGACCUCCCUCCUCCCUGUUUGUCCAAAU